AUGGCAGCAGGGGUGGCAGCAUGGCUACCCUUUGCUCGGGCAGCGGCCAUAGGCUGGAUGCCUGUGGCCACAGGACCCAUGCCAGCACCCCCCAGGCAGGAGAGGAAGAGAACACAAGAUGCCCUCAUUGUCCUGAAUGUGAGUGGCACUCAGUUCCAGACAUGGCAGGAUACCCUGGAACGCUACCCAGAUACACUGUUGGGUAGCUCAGAGAGGGAUUUCUUCUACCACCCUGAAACCCAGCAGUAUUUCUUUGACCGUGACCCUGACAUUUUCCGCCAUAUCCUGAACUUCUACCGCACUGGGAAGCUCCAUUAUCCAAGACAGGAGUGCAUCUCUGCCUAUGAUGAAGAAUUGGCCUUCUUUGGCCUCAUCCCAGAAAUUAUUGGUGACUGCUGUUAUGAGGAGUAUAAGGACCGAAGGCGGGAAAAUGCAGAAAGGCUACAGGAUGAUGCUGACAAUGAAAAUACAGGAGAGAGCGCUCUGCCUUCAAUGACUGCCAGGCAGAGGGUCUGGAGGGCCUUUGAAAACCCUCACACCAGCACCAUGGCCCUCGUAUUCUACUAUGUCACCGGGUUCUUUAUCGCCGUUUCAGUCAUUGCCAAUGUCGUGGAGACAGUGCCAUGUGGCUCCAGUCCUGGCCACAUCAAGGAAUUGCCAUGUGGGGAACGUUACGCCGUAGCCUUCUUCUGUCUGGACACGGCCUGUGUGAUGAUAUUCACUGUUGAGUACCUGUUGCGCUUGGCCGCGGCACCCAGCCGCUAUCGUUUUGUACGCAGUGUCAUGAGUAUCAUAGACGUGGUGGCCAUCCUGCCUUAUUACAUCGGGCUAGUGAUGACUGACAAUGAGGAUGUGAGCGGGGCCUUUGUCACAUUGCGAGUUUUCCGAGUCUUCCGGAUCUUUAAGUUUUCCCGCCACUCCCAGGGCCUCAGGAUCCUGGGCUAUACCCUGAAGAGUUGUGCUUCGGAGCUGGGGUUUCUACUCUUCUCUCUCACCAUGGCUAUCAUCAUCUUUGCUACUGUCAUGUUCUAUGCAGAGAAGGGGUCUUCAGCCAGCAAAUUCACCAGUAUUCCUGCUGCUUUCUGGUAUACCAUUGUCACCAUGACGACACUAGGAUAUGGUGACAUGGUACCAAAGACCAUAGCUGGAAAGAUUUUUGGGUCCAUCUGCUCCCUGAGUGGUGUCUUAGUCAUUGCUCUACCUGUUCCUGUAAUUGUCUCCAACUUCAGUCGAAUCUAUCACCAAAAUCAGAGAGCUGAUAAACGGCGGGCACAAAAGAAAGCAAGGCUUGCAAGAAUCCGAGCUGCCAAGAGUGGAAGUGCCAACGCUUACAUGCAGAGCAAACGAAAUGGAUUACUGAGUAACCAGCUCCAGUCCUCUGGAGAAGAUGAACAGGCCUUUGUUAGCAAAUCUGGCUCUUGCUUUGAAACCCAGCACCACCACCUGCUUCACUGUCUGGAAAAAACUACGAAUCAUGAGUUUGUGGAUGAACAAGUUUAUGAGGAGAGCUGCAUGGAAGUUUCAACAGUUAAUCGCCCUUCAAGUCACAGCCCUUCUCUCUCAUCACAACAAGGUGUCACCAGCACUUGCUGCUCAAGACGACACAAAAAAACUUUCCGGAUCCCAAAUGCCAAUGUAUCAGGGAGCCGCCAAGGCAGUGUACAAGAGCUCAGUACAAUCCAAAUCAGGUGUGUGGAGAGAACACCCUUAUCUAACAGCCGAUCCAGUUUAAAUGCCAAAAUGGAAGAAUGUGUUAAACUAAACUGUGAGCAACCUUACGUGACUACAGCAAUAAUAAGCAUACCGACACCUCCAGUAACGACCCCUGAAGGAGAUGACAGGCCAGAAUCUCCAGAGUACUCAGGAGGAAACAUUGUCAGAGUAUCUGCUUUGUAA